UAGACGCAUCUUGGCACGCAGUUGAUAAGCACUCAUGCACCGUCGACUCGCGGCGUUCAUGUGAACAGGACUAUCGUGUGUACAUUGGACACUGGAACAACCGCGUAUUUGUUCAGUGACAGGUGAAACAAUCGAAUUUUCGCGAAGUUCUGGAUUCGACGUCCCCCGGUGAAGCAUUGUAGUGAGUAAGGGGUUGCGCAAAGGGGUCAGAGGGUGUGCGCCGUAUGUUUGACUUGUUGUGUAAGGACUGUUGUCGGCAUAAGCGCUACAGUGGCUACUGCACAUCUGCAAGAGGUUCGCUGCAGAGCGAAUCUGAGGCCAUGUGUUAAGAUUGACCUAGUGCAAGGUUAUAGAAAUAUGUCUUCUAAGAGGAAGUCGCCUCCAACGAAACUCCAAGAAGGCAACUGCAGCUCAGAAAGCAACAACCAGCUCCCCCCCAACCUGACCAACAGUGGUAGCGACGGCGGAGGACUGACAGACCUGGACGAAACGUCGAGCAACAAUCUGAGCGACAUAGGCGAAGAAGAACCGAACUCUAUGGUGCACAACUCGUCCGCGUUCUACAAACUGAGCGAGAGCAGUUCGGCCAGUCAUUCGGGCAGUGAUGUCGAUCUAGACGACGAGAAAUCUGCGAAAAACCCAAGACUGAUGUUCUCCGAGGCCAGCAGCCUUCUCAUCCCUCAGGGGAUCACCAGUAUCUCCUCGUUGUCCCUGCACAACGACAGUGAAAGACGUAGAAAUAGUUCCGAAUGUAGUUCGCCCAGUUCCGAGAAAACGAACAUUUAUAAUAAUAACAAUAUUAGCCUGCACAAUAACAAUAGUUCCUUACAACCGAUGAAGAGGUCCAUGGACGACGUGCUGAAGAGGUUGACGUCCAAGAUUAACAGUACUAGUUGCAAGGACGAUCGUAGACCAACACCGACGAUGUCUCCCAGUUCGGAUGCCGAGCACACAGCUGCCAUACAAGAAGCUUUAGCCGGCGACAAUGUGAUGGAAAAAGACAGAAAAAUCUCCGAGUUGAUAUUCCAACUACAAAUGGUUAGGGAGCAACUACUCACACAGCAAAAUCAGGAAACACCAAAGAACCCCCCGCAGCAGCAGCAGCAGUACAGCAAUGAGACCCAGAAACAGCUGGAACUCCAGCGCAGGCAGCAGGAAACAAUGUUGCAGCAACAGCAGAAGUUGCAGGAGCUCCACGGCCAGAUACAGGCGCAGUAUGCCGCCAGUGCCGGUGCGGUGGGAGGGCCGCAAGGACUUAUGUUCCUUCCGUUCUUGGAACACCUGCGGGCACUGCCUGCCACUUUGCCACCCAAGAACGCCCUGACAAAUCAGAUGCUUCCUCCCCAACAGAUACCAAAUUGGACAGCCCACCUCACACACAUGCAACAAAACCCCAAUAAUCUGGACAAGAAGACUCCUCCGCUGCAGCGCACCCCUUCGCCCCAGGUUGCUCCAACAGACCCUGACGCACCGCUCAACCUUACCAAACCCAAAUCAUGCGGCUCGGAAUCCGCAGGCUCCAGUCCCCAUUCCAGCUCCACGCCAAUGGGUUUUCCUCACCACAACGAGCAACCGGUAGCAGCGACUGCUCCAAAGUUACUACCCCCUGGAUUGGUCAUGCCAAGGCCUUUCUUGCCAUACGCCGGACUUCCUCCACAGUUCAGUCCUCUACCGCCGAAUAACGACAGGAAGAUGAACAAGGAAGCAGGGCCGAACGACAAGCAGCAGCAGCAUCACUUUCCGUUGCAUAUGUACGGCCUGCCAACGCCGCCUAAUUUGGGCGGAAGACCCAUGAAGGACGAUGGCGGUUUCAAGGAAGAGACGGACUUUAUGGCGGCUUGUCAUAUGUGGGGACCUGACCAAAAUUUCAAGAUGGAGGACAAUUCAGAAAAGGCGAAAAUCAUCAGGCAGCAGGCCAAACGUGAUUCCGAGAACAAACCCCACAUAAAACGUCCAAUGAACGCUUUCAUGGUAUGGGCAAAGGACGAGAGGAGGAAAAUCCUCAAGGCAUGCCCCGACAUGCACAACUCCAACAUCUCCAAGAUCCUUGGAGCUCGCUGGAAGGGAAUGUCCAACUCAGAGAAACAACCCUAUUAUGAGGAACAGAGUCGGUUAUCGAAGCUGCAUAUGGAGAAGCACCCCGACUACAGAUACCGACCCAGGCCUAAGAGGACCUGCAUCGUGGAUGGAAAGAAGAUGCGAAUAUCAGAGUACAAGAUGCUCAUGAGACAGAGAAGGCAGGAAAUGAGGCAGCUUUGGUGUAGAGAUGGUAGUGAAAUGAGUUUUCCAAUGAGCGCUAACGAUAUGGGCGCGGCCAGUAGUGCUUCCGGCAGACCAUCAGUGUCGCCACCGAUGAAUUUCCUGAACGGUGGUGCUGGACCAAGCUCAGAGAGCUACUUCUACCCAAAGGACAGCCACUCACCAGACGUGAUGAACUUCUCCAAAGAUCAUCCAAACUCCAUGAACUAUGAGACGAGUAGUCCAAGGAGAGAAGAGGACUGAGGGUUGGAGAACAGGGAAAAACUCUUCCCUUGGUACUGAUUCCGCGUCCCUACGCCCCAAAAAGGCAUGCAGAACUCGUGAGAAGUAAAUCUAGUGAAUUUCGAAAAGCGCGUAGGCUACUUGCAGCAUAUUGUAAAGACGAAAACAUCACCCAUGUUUUCUACCGAUAAACCUAAAUAAUUUCUUCGAAUAUUCGAAAAUAAAAAAACGUGUGAGUCAUCACAGUUAGGUGAAAUGGAGUUGACGGAAAAGUUAAUUCUUUUGUUAUGUUGAUGAGACUGUUAAUGUGAGAAUAGUCGAAUUGAAUGAACCCAAAAAUGAUUCCAGACCUGUGCGCCUCGAAUGGGAUUUUUAUAAUUUGUACUAGAAAAAAUCGGAUUCGCUUUUCAAUUCGAAAUUAAUUAAUGAUCGAUUGUCUUGAAAUUUUCCAAAAUAUCAUAUUAUAUAAUACUGGCAAUUAGUUCAUACUCUUCGUGCCAUUUUUGAAUGUGUAUAUCGAAUAUAAUCAAUGGAUUGACAUUCAAGCAAAUUUUACCCAUACUCGGUGUUGUAGAUGUAUUGUUAUUGUAGAUAUAUUUCUGAGAUCUUCAAAUUAUUUAUUACGAAUUACCCAGUAAGUAAUCCUUUUUGACCUCGUUUGUAUAUUCUUGUAUAUUUUGUAUGAUGUCGAGCCACAUUGCAUCACUCAUCAAACAAACACGAGCCUUACUCUUUUCUUUCUUUCUAGUUAUUGUUCGUUUUUGUGUUACUGCGAAAAUACAAUUUUUUAUUGUAAUACGAAAAGUUUCUCAUUCAAUUGGUUUUAUUUGUUCACUAUUUCGCCGAUUCUCCCGACUAAAUUGAAGAAUACUGUUUUAAUCCUAUUAUUUUGGAUGAGAGCUUCAAGUCUUUUGAUUCAAGUGCAAUGUACCUAUGAUUAUUAUAGAGAUGGUUUUUCUGUUCUGAACCUGUUGAAUGUUUAUAAUAUAUAUUUUAGAGCCAGUACGUUAAGUAUACUUAUUUAUUUCAUGUUUCUUCUUUUGUACAGUAAUUCGAAUAAUAUUUUAGAAAUGUACAAAAUUGUGUAAUAUCUCCAUUAAAAGAAUGUAAUGGAAGUUGAUUAGUUAUUUCAAGGAAAAGGUAGUGAACAACCAGGGAUUCUCAUCAAAAUUGCGUAUAAGCAUUCGAAUCCAUGUUCGAUAAUAUUUUAUCUUAUCAUGUUUUUUCAUUUAGUUCCAUCAUAUCAUUAUUUAUGUCGAUAGAAGAUCAAUAGAUUAUUUUUGUUUAGAAA